AAGUGAUUGCUUGCUGCCGUUCUCUUUUCAUCUUUGACUCUCUCUCUCUCUCUCUCUCUCUCUCUCUCUCUCUCUAAUUUCCAGAUAUUGACAUAUACACGCAUAUACCAUCGACUGCACGCCACCACCACCUCCUCCCCUCUCUCCGGCCCCCACCUAUACACACACACACACAGAGUGAUACACCCUAUAUAUAUCUCCCUCCUAUCAACCGUCGAAAAAGUUCACAAGUAUCACGCACAGCACAGAAUCCACAGAACUCUCUCUCUCUCUCUCUCCUCUCUGCAUUUAUUGCAAAUUAAGUUAUGAAAGUAGCCGAAGUCCGAGGAGGCGACGACAUGUGCAGAACAAUCGAAGUCGCCAUGGUAGAGCCACAAGUCACGCCGGUCACGAAGCUCUCGCCGCUGCCGGCCAUGGAGGACGACGGCGGGGAAGACUUUCAUAUUCCCCCGCUGAAUUUCUCGUUGGUCGAUACCGGCAUUUUCAGGUCCGGGUUCCCCAACACCGCCAACUUCUCCUUCCUCCAAUCCAUCGGCCUCCGCUCCAUCAUAUAUCUUUGCCCGGAACCUUAUCCGGAGACCAACGCCCAUUUCGUGAAGUCCAACGGGAUACGGUUAUUUCAGUUCGGGAUCGAAGGGUGUAAGGAACCUUUUGUCAACAUUCCUGAGGAUACCAUUCGUGAAGCACUAAAAGUCGUCCUUGAUGUAAAGAAUCAUCCACUUUUGAUCCACUGCAAUCGCGGGAAGCACCGAACUGGUUGUGUAGUGGGGUGCUUGAGGAAAUUGCAGAGGUGGUGCUUAUCCUCUGUAUUUGACGAGUACCAGCGGUUUGCGGCUGCCAAAGCUAGGAUUUCCGAUCAGAGGUUCAUGGAGUUGUUCGACGUUUCUACCUUUAAGCAUCCGCCAAUUUCGCUUUCAUGUUCAAAGAGGUAAACUGUGGACCAAAGUAACCCUUCAAAAGGCGUUUGCUUCCACCAUUUGAUUCCUUGGAAGAGCGUCUUAGUUCCUGCUUUGGAUUGGAAUAAAUUGGAAAAGAAGAGGAUUUUUCUGGAAUGCAUUUCAGCAGCAAAAAGGAAUGAUCUUUUGUUUUCCUUCUGAUGAUAAUAAGAGGCAUUAACCAGCAUAUCUUGCGUUCGGCUCUCUCGAAUGUUCUUCCCUUCCCAUUGUUUACUUAGUAUUCAUUGCUACUGUCACUAUUAUUGGAUCUACUUAAUUCUCAUAGUAUCAAUUGAUGAAAGGAUAAGUAUUCGACAAACCAACUUGAUUUAUAUUUGUAAAGAAAUAGAACGAUUUACACGGGAAUUGUUUAUAAGAUGCAUACGUUCAAGCCA